AUGUACAAUGGUGGGUGUUUGAUACCUCAGUGCCCCCCAAAGAUUUGGGAGGCAAGGUCGUGGUCAGGAGAGGGUAGACGGCCGUCAGGGACACUCCACUCGACCGGGUUCACGCCGCUCGAUCGAGCUUGCAGCUCGUCUUCUUCCUCUUCAUCGUUGAAGUGUGUGUGGCUCCCUUGGCCUUGGUGGAGCCUGGCUAGCUCGAACUGGCCGUAUGGGUUCCACCUGCUCUGGGGAUACUCCUGGUAA